AUGUCGGCCCUAUUGGGAACGAACGCUGAGUGUUUGCAGUAUUCGAAGCAGGAUUUUCAGAUUUGCGUUACGGUGUACAAAGCGAGAAAUCUGGCCGUGCUCAAUACGAACACUUUCGUGAUGGUGUCCCUGAAUGGCAAAUACAAGCGAACCAGAACGGCUUACAAAACGCACUCUCCGUACUUCAACGAGUAUUUCAGUUUUACUUUUCGCAACACGAAGGAAACGUUGCUUGGCAAAUGUAUACAUUUUGGGUUACACUCCACGGGAAUGUGCACUGCGAUGAGCUCGUGCAUCGGCGAGUGUAGCAUUGAUCUGAGAACAACUUGGCAGCAAAACAAUCAUGGAUUUUUCAAAAAGUGGAUCCCCUUCGAACCAAUCGAAGCAGGCUCUUCGGCCAACGCGCAGAAUGGAUUUCUCAUGAUUGAUCUUUCCAUACUAGCCGCUUACGAAAAACCUCGCCCGGUCAUUUUCGAUGACACCGACUAUGAUACGAUCGAAAACAAUCUAUUGUUACCCCGAGAGACUCACGCAUUUCAACAACGAGUACAGUAUAAUUGCAGCAUAUUUCGUGGCGAAUUUGUGCAUAGUUCGUCGCUCAUGAUAAGGAUUUCUUAUGCUGGAGUCAAGGGACGCACAAAAACCAGCUCACAUGGAAAACGUUGCCAGUGGAACGAAAUGGUAUCAUUCGGUGGAAUGUUUCCGUCAGCUAAUGAAAAUAUGCUGAUUGAGCUGGUUACUGCCGACUGUUGCUAUACAACAGCGAAAGCAACGAAAAAUAUCCAUUUUGCAUCCAUUUCGAAACGAAUCGGUGGAAUUGAUCAGCUUCCGACGUUUGGACCUUCUUGGCUUUAUUUUUAUUCCGGGCCACAGGAUACACAAUAUGUGGGAAAGGUUUAUCUAGCGAUAACAACGAAUGUUGCGAGCCCCACCUCUGUUACAUCCCGUAAAGCAAAAACCACACCAAUCUAUGACGCUAUCAAGCCAUCUAAUUACUACGAAGAAGAAACAUUUCAUCUCUCGCUUUCCAUCUUAAACGUUCAACUUUUGCAAAACAUUAGUACACAAAACAUUAUGAUGUAUCUUAUAUGGGAAAGCGUGCGAUCGAAUGCUGUGAAGGUGAAGAUCAGCAAGUUUGCCAACGUGUGUGCGGCAGGCACACUAACACCCUUUGAUGCCCAAUUGACCGUUUCCUUGAAGACACCCGAUUAUAGACACAAAUACUUCCUCUCUGCUGCCAUAUCGAAAGUGCAGAAGGAAGUGAAGUUGCUUACGGAAAUGCUAAAGCUUCAAAAAUUGAAACCAAGUGCUGAAACAGGGUAUCAGUGGCCACAUGUUGCUGAGUAUUUAAAAGUUCUCGAGGCUACAUUCGGAAGUGCUGUGCAUGCUGUCAGCCAGAGCAGCUACAGAAAGCGCACUAAAUGGGACCAGUUGCAUAGAGACCAUGUCCAGGAGCAGCUGCUUUUGCUUAAAGAAAAGAUCAGCGAUUUGCAUGCUAAUGUGCUCAAAAAUGAUGAUAAUGAAUCAAUGCUGUUGGAUGAACUUGAAAAUAUUUUUGAAAAAUUAGAUUACCUUUCACAAAACGAACAAAAUCAAUUCCCAGACGUUUUGCUGCACAUUUCCCGUCCCAGCCAUUCGUCACCCGAUGCAAUUUAUCGUUUCAACGCUAUCGAUUACCUGGUCCCACAGGCGCUUACCUCCGGCAUUGCCAGCAGUCUAAGCGGUAAACGGUGCACAAUUCUCCCGAGAUCCCUUGCGUGUACCCAUUCGUGUCCGGGCCGUUGUGGUUGCAUUUAUGCAAAGUUGGACUGUAUAAUGACGAUUGAAGCUGAUGGAAUCGGCGGUCAAGCAGUGCAUUCGGCUGAUAAUCCAAUGGACGCCGGACUGUGUGAAGAGUCGCUAACAGAGGCAACAGAAGUUGGGUGUAAGAUUCAUGUACAGCAGGGCAGAUUGUUCACCACAUGCAAUGAAGCGUACCUGUCCGAUUUGAGGCUAACGAUCUUGUUCGAAAACUAUGAAGCGAACUUCUCGCCGAUUGGCAACAUGCUCACGCCUCAAUGGGAUGAAACGAUACAGAUGAGGAACGUACCGUUUGUUGCAACCAAAGACGAGACGAAUGGUGGCGUUCGCGAACAGACAUGCACCUUUAUGUUGGUUCUUCACACUAAUUCUCAACAAUCAGGACCUUUUGCUUUGGGUUGCGUGGAAUCGUCGUUCAUUCGCAACCAAUUAAUCGCUGUUGAUUACACUAUCGGUGGAAGUGACUUGAGUCUAAAUCCACUAAAUCACAUUUUAAGAUGGGUUCCUCUCUACAGUGACGGUGCUCUGGUGGCUGAGAUUCUUCUAUCAGCGAUCGUUACGGAGAUUCCUCAUGAUCUAAGGAGUCAAACUGACGAAGUCGAAUGUUUCUCUAAUAAGGGUAUACCACAGGAGAUUGCACCGCGACUUCGACCCUAUACAAUGCUGGUCCACUUCCAGGGACUUCGGCAAAUACAGCGAAAACCUUUUGAAUCGCUAAAACAAUUGCGCGCCGUGGUAACGAUUGGCGAUACGAGUGUGGUGAGCGGUCUGUCCGCUUACAUAAAUGGUUGUAGUUUGAAUUUUACGGGAGAAUGUGAAACCAUUUCACUGUAUCUGCCAUACGAAACGUACUAUUGGCCCUCAUUUAUUAUCAAACUGAUGGACUGCUCCAGUGCGAAGCAACAGAGAGUGAUUGGAAUAGCUGUCAUCACGAAUCCCAAGCAUUUUAUUCAACCCCUGACAUCAGCAUUCGUAAAGAAGCUUCCACGAGAUUCUACAACAAUCGAUAUGUCGAUGGUUGAAGAAUCCAGCGAGCUGGCGAAUGAUCGAUUUAGCAUUCUCUCAGUUUUACCAAACCAAAUCACCUCACUGAUCAAGUCACACACAAAUGAGGUCCAGCGCAGGACAACUGGUAACAGUCUUGGUCAACGGCGAAACUCAACCAACGCUAAUCACACUUGGUGGACAAAGUUCUACAAGAGUCUACAAGAACAGCGUGACGAAACAGUACCACCUGUGAUUAAGAUAUUCGAUAGAGAGCUCGAAAAUGUCAAUGCCUUUGGUGGAUUCAAAGAUUGGAGUCAGAGCUUUUCACUGCAUAAAGUCAAACGCUCCGCUCGUCCUGUAAAGCCUUCACCCGAUCUUUAUGCGAUCAUGAAGUGCAAGAUCUGCCUGAUGCCCACCGAUGGAACGACGGUAGCAUUCAAACCACCGAGACCUGUAGCAUCGGCUACGCCCACCAGUAUCGUGGUUGUGGUGUACGUGGUCCAAGCAUUGAACCUUACUUCGCGCGACAUCAUGUCCGACUCGGAUGCGUACAUCUUCCUCUCGUUCGGUGACCAUUGCGUCCGCGAUCGGGCUUACUACAUUCCCAACCAAGCGUCCCCGGUAUUUGGACGACGAUUCGAAUUGAAGGGAUCGCUUCCAAGAGAUCAAAUGCUAAAGCUCUCCAUCUACGAUCGCGAUUACGCCUCACCGGACGAUCUCAUCGGUAGUACGUACAUCGACAUCGAGGAUCGCCAUUACAGCCACCACCGGCCAGGUUUUGGACUGCCGAAGCAUUACUGUACCACCGGCAACAACCAGUGGCGCCACGAGCGAAAACCAUCACAAAUGCUGAAGCUCUUCCUUCGCGAAAACAAUCUUCCCCAGCCGGUCAUCGAGUGUGAUAGGAUUGUCGUCGGUUCGAGCGAGCUACGGGCCACCGAACUGGAUCCACAGGAGUCGCACGUGGAGCAACUGUGCCUGCUGGCACUGCGCAACCUAGAACGGAUUCCCGGUGCGCCCGCAUUGACACCGGAACACGUCGAAACGCGUUCCCUGUAUCAUCCGGCCCGGGGUGGGAUCGAACAGGGCAAAGUGCAGCUGUGGGUCGAGGUGUACGAACCGAGCGAACCGCAUCCAUGGCCCCUCGAUAUCACCCCGCAACCGCCCGCACCGUACGAGUUGCGGCUAAUCGUUUGGAACACGGCGGCCGUGGUGUUGGACGAGCGGAACAUCUUCGGCACCGAGAUGAGUGACAUUUACGUCAAGUGCUGGCUGCAAGAGUUGACGGAAGCCCAACGCACUGACGUUCAUUAUCGGUCGCUCACCGGAGAGGGCAACUUCAACUGGCGCAUGAUAUUUCCGUUUCGCUACUCGCCCGCCGACGGUACGAUGGUGAUCCGUCGGCGAAAGGCCUUGUACGAGCAAUUCGAUACCGAGCUGAAGUUUCCCCCAGUGCUGACGGUGCAAAUUUGGGAUAAUGAUUCCUUUUCGGCGGAUGACUUUCUCGGGACGCUCGAGCUGAACCUGGCCCGGUUACCGGUACCGGCCCGGACUGCCGAUCGGUGUCACGGGAAACGGCCGGAUGCUGGCGUCGCAGGCCUAUCAUUGCCAGGAUCUGCAAGGAACGACGGCAAUCGGGAGCGUUUCAUUAACCUCUUCGAUCGGGAGCAGCAGCGGCAGCGAGUGCGAGGAUGGUUCCCGAUGUACGGACACCACGGUCUGAGUCAACAAGCGAUGACCGGUGGUGACGAUGGCACGCGUAACGAUGGCAACACGCCACGUGGCAUCACACUGACGGGAAAAAUCGAGCUGGAACUGGAGUUGCUGAGCCAGCAGGAGGCCAACCAGCGUCCGUGCGGUGCCGGCCGGAAAGCGCCGCAACAGCUUCCCGAACCAGUACGGCCGGAAAUAUCGUUUCACUGGCUGCAGUACCCGGGGAAAACGUUCCAGAGGCUGCUGUGGCCACGGGCCCGAAAGAUGGCCCUCUACCUCUGUGCCAUCGUCGCGCUCGGUUUGCUGGUGUACGGGCUGCUGGUUAACCUGCCAACCCGGCUGCUCCAGUUGCCGUUUUCUGGUUCCUCCUCCUCAAGGACAUCGACGAUUGUGGUGAGCGACUCCAGGGUGUCUGCCAGGGUGUCGAGUCAGCAGCAGCAGCAGCAAGUGGAAGGUGUCCCGACUCGUUGA